GUCGAGCUUCCGGAAGCGGCCUCUCUAUCCGCGAACCCUACUGCCUUGUGGGAUUGCGGCGGAAUUCGGUGUGCUAGAGAGGUUUUGCAGGGCUCUUUCAGGAACUACGGAAGCCGAGAGUGCCCGUGCAGCCAUGGCGGCGCACCUUAAAAAGCGGGUGUAUGAGGAGUUCACUAAAGUGGUUCAGCAGCAGCAGGAGGAAAUCGCUACUAAGAAGCUCCGGCUAACAAAACCAAGUAAAUCUGCUGCUCUCCACAUCGAUCUGUGUAAAGCCACCUCCCCAGCAGAUGCCUUGCAGUACCUACUCCAGUUUGCCAGGAAGCCUGUCGAGGCAGAAAGCGUGGAGGGGGUAGUUAGGAUUCUCUUGGAACAUUAUUAUAAGGAAAAUGAUCCAUCUGUGAGACUGAAAAUUGCCUCAUUGUUGGGAUUAUUAUCAAAGACUGCAGGAUUCUCUCCAGACUGCAUAAUAGAUGAUGCCAUUAACAUACUACAGAAUGAAAAGUCUCAUCAAGUCCUAGCUCAACUGUUGGACACGUUGCUUGCAAUUGGCAGUAAACUACCAGAAAAUCAAGCUACCCAGCUGCAAUUAGUGGAUGUAGCCUGCAAGCACCUGACAGAUACAUCCCAUGGUGUAAGAAAUAAGUGCCUGCAGUUGCUUGGCAAUCUUGGCUCUUUGGAGAAGAGUGUCACAAAAGAUGCUGCUGCUGAAGGGUUAACUGCUAGAGAUGUCCAGAAGAUUAUCGGGGAUUACUUUAGUGACCAAGAUCCACGUGUCAGAACAGCAGCUAUAAAAGCCAUGUUGCAGCUCCAUGAAAGAGGACUGAAGUUACACCAAACAAUUUAUAAUCAGGCCUGUAAAUUGCUCUCUGACGACUACGAGCAGGUGCGCAGUGCUGCAGUCCAGCUCAUCUGGGUUGUCAGUCAGCUCUAUCCUGAGAGUAUCGUCCCAAUACCGUCUUCUAAUGAAGAAAUUCGUUUGGUUGAUGAUGCAUUUGGGAAAAUUUGCCACAUGGUCAGUGAUGGCUCCUGGGUAGUUCGUGUUCAAGCAGCAAAACUAUUGGGCUCCAUGGAGCAAGUCAGUUCUCAUUUCUUGGAGCAGACUCUUGACAAGAAGCUAAUGUCAGAUUUGAGGAGGAAACGCACUGCACAUGAGCGUGCCAAGGAACUUUACAGUUCAGGGGAGUUCUCCAGCGGCCGGAAAUGGGGAGAUGAUGCUCCCAAGGAAGAAAUAGAUACGGGUGCCGUGAACUUGAUAGAGUCAGGAGCUUGUGGAGCCUUCGUUCAUGGGUUGGAAGAUGAGAUGUAUGAGGUUCGCAUUGCUGCUGUGGAGGCUCUUUGUAUGCUGGCCCAGUCUUCACCCUCCUUUGCUGAAAAGUGCCUUGAUUUCCUAGUUGACAUGUUUAAUGAUGAAAUUGAGGAAGUGCGUCUACAGUCCAUACACACGAUGAGAAAAAUCUCUAACAAUAUCACCCUCCGAGAAGACCAGCUUGAUACUGUCCUGGCUGUGUUAGAGGAUUCCUCCAGGGAUAUUAGAGAGGCUCUUCAUGAACUCUUAUGCUGUACUAAUGUUUCAACAAAAGAAGGGAUUCAUCUUGCACUGGUGGAGCUACUAAAAAAUUUAACCAAGUACCCUACUGACAGGGACUCCAUAUGGAAGUGCUUGAAGUUUCUGGGAAGUCGGCACCCAACCCUUGUGCUUCCUUUGGUGCCAGAGCUCUUGAGUACUCAUCCAUUUUUUGAUACAGCUGAGCCAGACAUGGAUGAUCCGGCAUACAUUGCAGUUUUAGUUCUCAUCUUCAACGCUGCUAAAACCUGCCCAACAAUGCCAGCGCUGUUCUCAGAUCACACCUUCAGGCAUUAUGCCUACCUCCGAGACAGUCUUUCUCAUCUUGUUCCUGCCUUGAGGUUACCAGGGAGGAAACUAGUGUCGUCAGCCGUCUCCUCUAACAUCACCCCUCAUGAAGAUCCUUCCCAGCAGUUCCUGCAGCAGAGCCUUGACAGAGUGUAUAGUAUUCAGCACCUCGACCCUCAGGGGGCCCAGGAGCUGCUGGAAUUCACCAUCAGAGACCUGCAGAGACUUGGAGAACUUCAGUCUGAGCUGGCAGGAGUAGCUGACUUCUCUGCCACCUAUCUCCAGUGUCAACUGCUCCUUAUUAAGGCCUUGCAGGAAAAGCUGUGGAAUGUGGCUGCCCCCUUAUAUCUAAAGCAGAGUGAUUUGGCCUCAGCAGCAGCAAAACAGAUCAUGGAAGAAACCUACAAAAUGGAGUUUAUGUAUAGCGGUGUGGAGAAUAAACAGGUGGUGAUCAUACACCACAUGAGGCUUCAGGCCAAAGCUCUGCAACUUAUAGUAACUGCACGAACUACUCGAGGCGUUGACCCCUUAUUUGGAAUGUGUGAAAAAUUUUUACAGGAAGUGGAUUUUUUUCAGAGGUGUUUCAUUGCCGAUCUGCCCCACCUCCAAGACAGCUUUGUGGACAAGCUUCUUGAUCUUAUGCCCCGACUCAUGGCAUCUAAACCCGCGGAAGUGAUCAAAAUUCUACAGACAAUGCUGCGGCAGAGCACCUUCCUCCAUCUCCCGCUUCCAGAGCAGAUCCACAAAGCCUCAGCCACAAUCAUUGAGCCAGCAGGCGAGUCGGACAACCCUUUGCGGUUUACGUCUGGGUUGGUGGUAGCCUUGGAUGUGGAUGCAACCCUGGAACAUGUGCAAGACCCUCAGAACAGUGUAAAGGUCCAGGUCUUGUAUCCAGAUGGCCAGGCUCAGAUGAUCCACCCCAAGCCAGCAGAUUUUCGGAACCCUGGCCCAGGGCGGCACCGUCUCAUCACUCAGGUGUACCUCUCCCAUACUGCCUGGACAGAGCCAUGCCAGGUGGAAGUGAGGCUGUUGCUGGCCUACAACUCCGGUGCACGCAUUCCAAAAUCUCCAUGGAUAGAGGGUGGUGAGAUGUCACCACAGCUGGAAACCACCAGCAUUGAGGGCACCAUUCCCUUCAGUAAGCCUGUGAAAGUUUACAUAAUGCCCAAGCCUGCAAGACGCUGACCCACAAGCAGUCUUCACAGCCAUGGCCUAGAGGCCCUUUCUAGGUACCAGUGAGCAGAAGUGGUGUGUAGGUGUGAACAUGUCAACCUUACGAUCUCAUUUAGUAUCCUACACAGGGUCGAUCAUUUUUGCAUUAAAGACAGAAAUACUCUGGUUUAUCUCCUCCGUUCCAUAAUAAAGUUGAGAAAACACCUA